AUGUCUGAGCUGAAAGAAAAAAUUAUUUCUGACAUCAAGGGGAAGAUCGAAAGAGAGCAUAAACUUAUCCAAGGCUUCCAGGCCGUCAAGAGAAAUACAGGCAAUUCCGAAGUUAUCCAGAGAUGUAACAACCAGAUCAGAGAGACCCAAUCUAACAUCCAUUACCUUCAGGAGACCAUGGAGAAGCUCCUGGUGCAACUGGAGCAAGAAGCAUCGCCAGACUCGGGUAGGUCCGAGGAACAGAACAGAAGGCAGCGUGUUACUAGCUCCGUGCGUCCGCUUUACUCGAGAUUCGAUUUGAUCAAGUACGAUUGUCCUUCGCUCGGCCACAAGAUCCAGCAUAUGCUUCAGCAACUCCAGUUUAAACUACAGGUGGAGAACCAGUAUCGUGAAGCUAACGAAAAAAUCUCCCAUUUGUAUUUGAUGGAUGGUGAUAAACUGUCUUCAAGUGCAGCCGAGGGUGGUAAGAUGGAGUCAGAUCAAAGAAUCCAGUUGUUGAACAAGGCUUUGAAAAAGUACCAGGGCAUGCACGUUAAUGUGGAACAGGUUAAUAGGGACAUGGAAAUCAUGAACUUACCCAAAUAUGCUAGAAAACCAUUCUCGGGUCGUUUGACCAUGGGUGUUACUUGCAUCAGGGAUAUUGAUCACAUCGCGUCUCCCAAAUUCAAAAGAAAACCCGAAUCUUUCGUUUGCAUUAAGAUUGACGAUGUUGAAAAAGCUCGUUCCAAUUCCUCUCGUUCCGGAAAAUUCAAUGAAGAUUUGAUUGUCGACGUGGACAAGGCUAACGAAAUGGAGAUCGCCGUCUACGAUAAGAACGGUUCUCAGAACGUGCCCGUGGCUCUUGCAUGGAUCCUCCUCUCUGACAUCUCCGAGGAGAUCCGUAAGAAGAAGGUUGCUGCCGAGUCGGGCAACGAUGGGUGGAUCCCAGCUUCUAGUCUACCUGGAAACAACAAUGGUUCUUUCAGACCAAACAUGGGUGGAUCUGAUCUGUUUGGUCCUACAACAUCCGGUAACAAUAGCCUGGGAUCUAAUUUUGAUGGUGAUACCGUCGUUGAUAGCAUGAGACCUUCUCUGGAAAGCUCUAAGAAUGUUCUGAUCUCUGCUUGGGUUAAUCUCGAACCCGUCGGUCAAAUUCUUGUUAACUUGUCUUUUGAAAAGUCCAAAGGAACAGCAAAACCCACCUUCAUGGGUGCUUUGGGCCGUCACGGUGCUAUUCGUCAAAAGAAAGAAGAAGUGUUUGAGCAACAUGGCCAUCAGUUCGUGCAGAAGCAGUUCUACAAUAUCAUGUGUUGUGCAUUAUGUGGAGAAUUUUUGCGUUACACAGGCUAUCAAUGUCAAGACUGUCGUUUCUUGUGUCACAAGAAGUGCUACCAAAAGGUAGUUACCAAGUGUAUUUCCAAGAGUGACCACAAUGAUGAUGUUGACAAAUUGAACCACCGUAUUCCACAUCGUUUUGAACCUGUUUCUAACCGUGGUACCAAAUGGUGUUGCCAUUGUGGUCACAUCUUGCCUUGGGGAAAGAAGAACGUUCGUAAGUGUUCUGAGUGUGGUGUUAUGUGUCACACUCACUGCACUCAUUUGGUUCCUGACUUCUGUGGUAUGUCUAUGGAGAUGGCUAAUCAGAUUUUGACUACCAUCAAAUCUACAAAACCGACAAAGAGCCCCGCUAAGGUAUCCCAAAGUGUCCAACAGCAAUUGAAGAAUGCACCUCCACAGCUUCCUCCAAAGGCAUUUUCUGCCUCACCUCAGAAGUACGCUGUCGAUGAUCUGCCUGUUUCGUCACCAAUGAAUGCCCAACAAAAGCGUCAACAAGCACCUCUUCCACCUCCCCCACAACAGCCACAGUUUGAGCCUUCCCACGGUAGGACAUUUGAUCCAGGCCACCAAAGAAUACAGGAAAUCACUCCAGAUGAGAUUGACCCACCAUACUCCUCGAGAUUGCCUACUAAUACCACUCUGCAGUUUCAACCUUCUGUCGAGCCUCCAAAGCAUAGGCAUGCACCACCUAGGCGUCCUCCUCCAGUGGAAUCCACAUAUUCCUCAUCUCUGGAAGUUCUGUCCCAGUUUAACACUCAUGGAGAUUAUUAUAACGAGCGUACUAAUGACACUAAUGGUGCUCCAGCACAUAAUCCUUUUGAGCACCCCGAAGAACACUCUGCUCAAAAUAACGCUGCAGCGCUCUUUGACACAUUCGACUACAACAAUGCAAACUCGAACCUUCAGGAAGAUGCCAAUCGCUAUGCUCCUCAAGAAGCAGAGCCAAUGAUGGUGGACCCUGUGCAACCUGAAGCUCGGGUUGAGCCUGUUCAAAAAGCACAUAAGCCAAAGCGCAGAAGAAGAAAGGUCGGUCUUGAUGACUUUCAGUUCCUCGCUGUGUUGGGUAAAGGUAAUUUUGGUAAGGUCAUGUUAGCAGAAUCUAGGCAUACUCAGAAUUUAUGUGCCAUCAAGGUCUUGAAGAAAGAUUUUAUUGUGGAGAAUGAAGAAGCAGAGAGUGUCAAGUCGGAGAAACAGGUUUUCUUAACGGCUAACAGGGAGAGACACCCCUUCUUGCUUAAUUUGCACUGCUGCUUCCAAACCGAGAACAGAAUAUACUUCGUGAUGGAGUACGUUUCGGGUGGUGACUUGAUGUGGCAUAUUCAAAAGUCAAGAUUUUCAGCUAAGAGAGCCAAGUUCUAUGCUUGUGAAGUGUUAUUGGCAUUGAAGUAUUUCCACGAUAACGGUAUCGUGUACCGUGACUUGAAGUUGGAUAACAUUUUGUUGACUACCCAGGGUCAUAUCAAGAUUGGUGACUACGGUUUGUGUAAAGAGAACAUGUGGCAUAAGAAUACUACUGGAACCUUCUGUGGUACACCUGAGUUCAUGGCACCAGAAAUUAUUGCUGGUAAGCAAUAUGACCGUUCUGUUGAUUGGUGGGCCUUUGGUGUGUUAAUGUUCCAAAUGUUGUUAUGUCAAAGUCCUUUCAAGGGUGACGACGAGGAUGAUAUUUUCAACGCCAUAGAGCAUGAUGAUGUGAGAUAUCCAAUCAGUAUGCCACGCCAAACUGUUCUUGUGUUGCAAGCCUUGUUGACAAAGGACUCAACUCAGAGACUCGGAAGCAGCGAAAGAGAUGCAUUGGAGAUUAUGGAACACCCAUACUUCCAGGAUGUCAACUUCGAUGAUGUCCUCAACAUGAGGAUCCAACCUCCAUACUUGCCUGAGAUUUCUAGUGAGCACGACUACUCCAAUUUCGAUCAAGAGUUUACUUCAGAGACUCCAAGAUUGACGCCAGUUGAAACCGUCUUGACCUCUGAGAUGCAAGAGCAGUUCCGUGGUUUCUCGCACAUUGCUGACGAUGCUCCCGUAUAA